CUUUUCCAGUUCAACGCAUCGCGCAAGAAACCUCAAAAUCAAGAUGGCCGAUUCAAGCGUCACCGACCCCGCUGUCGCCGCCGAACUCAAGAAGAGAAGGACCUUUAGGACAUUUUCAUACCGUGGAGUCGAACUCGACAAGCUUCUUGACCUCAACAACGAAGAGCUCGUCGACCUUGUCCACGCUCGUGCCCGUAGACGCUUCAAGCGUGGUCUCAAGCGCCGACCACUCGGCCUCAUCAAAAAAUUGCGCAAGGCCAAGAAGGAGGCCCCUCCCAAUGAGAAGCCUGCCGUCGUCAAGACGCACUUGCGGGACAUGAUUGUUGUGCCCGAGAUGAUUGGAUCUGUUGUCGGAAUAUACAAUGGCAAGGUCUUCAACUCUGUCGAGAUAAAACCAGAGAUGACAGGCCACUACCUUGGAGAGUUCUCCUGCUCCUACCGCCCCGUCAAGCAUGGUCGUCCCGGUAUCGGUGCCACUCACUCUUCCCGAUUCAUUCCAUUGAAGUAAAAGGAGAUCCCUACGUGCCGGAGGGCAGGCUUUAUACUUCUACUAUCAUCCAUGUCAUGCUUUAUGAACCAAUAUUGAUAUGCGAUUUCCGGCCAUCCGUUAGUUGUGAUUCUUCAAGUCAACCCGUGAAGGACAAAGAUGUCUAUGUGAUGGUAUCCAAGCGCGUCAUUAUACAUUACAUUUUGCUGUACAUAGAUGCGAUGCUCAAGUGUAUAAAAUACAAGACGUGUGGUAUGCAACAAAAGGGGAAUA